CUCUCAGCGCCUCGGCUACCCCUACGUUGGUGGAAUGUCCCGGUAACGACGAUGAGAGGGAAAGGCGGCAGCGUCGGCGCUCGCGGGCGGUGGAUCUGCAGCUCGGCGGCACCGAAUCGCCGCUCAGUCUCUGCUCUCCGGUGCCCAGGCAGGCGGACGCGUCGUUGCCGGCCCUGUCGGGAUGGACGAACGCGCAGAUCUCGGAGCAUUACUCUGCCUGCAUCAAGCUGUCCGCUGAGAACAAAAUCAACACCAGGAAUGUUUUUGGCUUACAUCUGAUAGACUACAUGACAGAUAUACUGAAACAGAAGGACUCUGAGCUGACCAACUUCAAGAUGGCAGCUGGCACCAUCGAUGCCAGCGUGAAGAUCUACGCCGUGCGUGUGGAUGCGGUCCAUGCAGACACGUACAAAGUUCUUGGAGGCUUAGGCAAGGAGUCAGCACCUGCAAAAGAAGUGGGCAGCCCAGAAGAAGAAGAAGACAGUACAGCUUCCAGUUCUGCCAAGAGAGUUCAAACAAAGAAGAAGCACUCCUUCAAAACGAUUGAACAGAACUUGAACAACAUCAAUGUGACAGAGGCCAAUCGGAGAUGUGAGGUUGACCCCAUGUUCCAGAAAACAGCAGCAUCUUUUGAUGAAUGCAGCACAGCUGGCAUCUUCCUCACCAGCCUCCGUACACAGAGUUGUCACAGUGAGCUCCUUUUUGACUCCAACAUUGUGCCUCUCCCAUCUUCGGAAACCCUCGUCCUGCCCAACAGCGAUCCUGUGAAGGUGACAGAUUUGAAGUUGCUGCUAGAAAAGUGUGUUUUAAAACGCCCCAUCUACUCUGCGCUGGCUGAUUUCCAGUUCACGCACUGGGACGCCGCAUCCCAUGAAGAGUCAGUAUCAGCCCUGCUGGAUAAAUUUAAGAAGAGCGACCAAGUGUUCGAUAUCAAUGCAGAAAGAGACAGUGAUGUGGAAGAUGGUGUUCCUGCCCCGUCCGAUGAUGACUUCGCUGCGGACUCCCCCAGGAGUGUAACAACAGAAAAGAUUGGGGAAUUUGCAGGAAACAAAUCCCUCGUGGCACUCUGUGAGAGCAAGAGAAUUGAUGCAGUUUCUUUUGGGGAAGGAGACAUUGGGACCAUGUGCCUUCAUCUCUCCAUGAAACCAGGGGAAUACUCCUACUUCAGCCCCCGAACUCUGUCAAUGUGGGCUGGCCCAGAGCACUGGCGUUUCAGACCUCGACACAAAUCAAGUGCUGACUCUGAGAAAGAGAACAAGAAGAAGAAGGCAAAGAAAGCAUUUGAAGUGAACUUUGAUGAGGAUGUUGACUUUGAGACAUAUUUCCGUAAGACCAAGGCUGCUGUAACUCUGAGCAAAUCCAUUCUGGAAAACCAGAACGUAAAGAGCACCACACUUCCUGCAGACUUCAACUACAACCCUAACAACAUUGUCCAGCUGUUCCUUAAACCAGCUGCUAAGCUCUUCAGGCUGCCUAAGCCAGGCAGCUCCUUGGAUCACGAAGAUGAGAUCGGUGAAUAUGAUUACAAUAACCCCAAUGACACCUCCAAUUUCUGCCCUGCAGCACAGGCUGCAGAUAGUGAUGAUGACAAUGACCCCGUCCAAUUCAUGGGCCAAGCAGACUUCAACCUCACCUCUCACCCUGAGGGUCACGAUCAUGAGCUCAACGGGGUUGAUGGUGUUGAUAUCACAAUGUAUGGGGAACUGAACCUCAUUGCUGAGCCUCAGAAGGUCAAUAAGAUAGCAAUUCAGUAUGCAAAGACAGCCAAGAAAAUGGACAUGAAGAGGUUGAAGCAAAACAUGUGGGACCUUCUUAUUGAUGUACAGAAAAACACAGCGGCAGAGAUUGAAGAUGUGGAGAAGCAGAGCGACAUAUCAGUGGUGACAGGGGAGAAGGCCUUCAGCAGCAUCACAAAGGAACUGCUUCACAGGUUGCCUUCUGUGAUGGCUAAAAAUCUGUCUGUCCCUUUAGCCUUUGCCUGCCUCUUGCACUUGGCAAAUGAGAAGAAUCUGAAACUGAAUGGCACAGAGGACCUGUCUGAUGUCAUCGUGAAACAAGGAGACUGAGCCGUGUGGAGCAGCUCACCCAGGCUGACCCCCAGGCUGGAGCUUUGCUCCCCCGAUGGACAGUGCUCGUUCUGCAGCAGUGGCAGCUUUUCCUCCUCCCAGCAUUGUUGCUGAGAAGGCCCUCAGAUCUGUGCACCUCAGGAAAACUUGUUAAAUGGGGGACGUGAUCUCACCUACCGAAACCUGGAGGCCGUACAGAUGGACAGCUGCUGCUCAGCCUGCCCUCCUUGAUCCAUUCCCUCUUUCCUGGGUUCAGGAGCAGAGAGCUGCAGUUCCUCUGUGAACCGUUGGUGCCUAGGAGCAGAAUGCUGCUCCGUGUGUCUUUUGUUGUCUGUAACUCAGUACACUGACUGACUUACUGAUGUUUCCAGUUCUUAGAACCCUUUUCCUUUGAUCUUUCCCUGACGUGACUGAUACUGAGCUUACCAAUAAUAAAUCCCUACUGCCUCUUA